CCGACUGUUAACUAGCCCACUGUUAAGACAACAGCGUGCUGUUAGGAGAACGUCAACAUCCCUAGCGUCUAUAACUUUUUUAUUAUAGUCGAACGAGCCAAUUUUUCAUGUCUGCCUUUUAGCGCCAACUCCAUUCGACGGAGGAGGACACGGAUGUCCAAACGGUAUAUCCCAAGGCGGCAUCAAAAAUGGAAGAAAUGUGCAAACCGCCGGCAGUUUCUUCAUCAGAGGAAUCCAAACAUCAACCGCAGCAGUCCCAGCAGUCACAGUCACAGUUACAACAGUCACAACAAGCAUCUCUUCCCAAUGGCAAGGGCGUUCACUUCAAGCUCCUACCGAGCAUCCAUCAAGCCGAACCGGAGGAGGAGCUCCUCGGCUCGGUUACCAUGCACAACUGCCCUGGAACGCGGGCCAGUGCAAGGGUCAUUCAGAAAAUGAAGCAGGACCAGACCCGACCGAUGACACCGCCUCCGAGUGAACGGGAGCUGUCCAAGAAGGAGGAGAAGGCCGCCCAAAAGACACCGUCCCAGCUGAAGACCGGCAACGGCAAGACCACAUGGACGAACAUCGAACGGAACUGCUUCUUUGAUGCGUUGAACGAGUUCGGCAAGGACUUCGAGGCGGUGGCCAACUGCAUCAAUGCCAAGCUGAAGCGUCGCAACGCCAACAGCGACUACAGCUUCAAGACCAAGGACCAUGUCCGGCAGCACUACUACCAGACCUAUCACAAGAUCUGCAAGUAUGUGCGCUACUCGGAAGAACUAAAGAAGCCCGCCCAGGAGCUGUACACUCUCAUCAAUUAUGGAGAAAUGCGACGCAAGCUGACCUUCCUCACCGAGAAGCACUUCAUGAAGAUGAAGCAGCUGAUCUACCAGGGUCAGAUCAUGGUGCGAUCCAAGGGCAAGAACAUAAGGAUCAAGACGCCAUCCUGCAAGGCACUCCGCCGAUUAAACCAAUUGGAUGACAGCCUGGAGGACAUUCGGUUGCCCAGCAAGGUGGAGGUGGUGGUGACGCCCGCCAACAUGGAGUCGUUCGGCCGGGUGCAGUCCCUGGCCCAGAAUCCUCGGGGCAGGAUCAUAGUGCCAUUGCACAAGAAACUGAUCAGCUUCAUCAAGACGUUCGAGUUCAAGUGGCGGAGCGAGAGCCAGCGGCUGAGCGAGGAGAAGUCUGCCUAUCUAUCCAGUGUAGCUGCUGCCGUCACUACCUCCUCCACCACUGCCACGACGUCCUCCGCUGCUGCUGCAACCUCCUCCGCCGCCGCUGCAACCUCCACCACUGCCACAACCUCCUCCACCGCCACUACAACAACGAACUCCACUGGCACUACCGCCUCGCCAGCCGUAGCUCCUUCCACGAACAACAAUAACAAUGAAACCGAGUCCAACAACCCCGCCCCAUCAUUGGAUCCGCUGCUGUGCUUCCAACCGCGACCCGGAGUGACCAUCCAUCGGCCCCUACUCAGCAUCACGGCCUAUCUGAGCAGCGUUAACAUCUGUCUGACGGCCUACGAGGAGCGCAUGGGCUUCAAGGUGCGCAGCGAAUCGCUGGCCAACGUUCCGGGUGUGCCGGUGGCCACCAGCAAGCGGCCGAGAACUGAGAGCGGCUCCGAGAAGCGCUCCCCCGAGGCCAAGAAGCCCAAGUCCGGUGCUAGUCCGGCAUUGGAGAAGAGCCUGGACGAAGGAGGUGGUGGAGUAGGUGGGCCAGUGGCCGAGGAGAACCAUGCCAAGGUCGAGAGCAGCAGCGGCGAUGAACUGGGCGAGGAGAUCCUCGAGUUUCUUGCCGGCGGAGAGGGAGCAGUUGCUGCCACGACGGAAACAACGGAAGCGGCAGAGCCUGCAUCGGCUAUCCCAGCCUCUGCAGCUCCAGUUCCACCAGCUGCUGUGCCACCACCUCCUCCACCCGCUCCACCUGCUCCGACCGCUCCAGCCUCCACGCCCACCGUCUCCCGCGCCAAACGCAAGGAAGCCAAGGAGGCGGCGGCUGCCGCCCAGGCCCGUAACUUCAAACCCCUGCUCAGCGAUGACAUUCUCAAGCGGAUACGACGCGGCUGGACGGUGUCCAAUGCCGCGGACAUCACCAUCGGGGACCUGUAUGUGGUGCUGGGCCAGGACUCCAAGCUGGAGCUGGAGUACUACUGGUGUGAGAUCGAGACGACGAGUGCCCCAUCGGUUCCAUCCUCCUCGACGUGCAGCAACUCCAACAGCACCUCGACAUCCUCGCCAGCAACCAGCUUGCUGCCGUACAAUCCCAACGACUGUGAUAGCGUGGAGCGCGUCAAGGCCGUCACCUCGUCGACGGUGAGCAACCGGCUGAAGCAUCUGCUGAUGGUGGCCAAUCUCAGCGAGCGGGUCCGGCGGAGGCAGUGCACCUGCGGUCACACCUGCGACCGCAAGCGGGAUCUGAUGAGCAAGGCGCAGCAGCUGGCCGAGGCGGCGGCCGCCGCUGGCGUCAACUCGGGCAUGGAUGGCAAUUUCCGGACACCGAUGCUGCCGGUGCGACGGCCCAUCGGAAAUAUCGUUGAUCCUGUGCGGCAGCUGACGGCGCUCACCCGGCAAAAGCUCCGGAGGCAGGUGCUCGUCCAGCGUCGUCUACUGCCCCCCGGAUCUCUGGGCGCUCGUCCGUACGAUAUGCUCAGUGUCCGGCAGCUGCACAGCGGUCUCUUCCAGCCCAUUGAUCGUAUUAGUGGAGACACUGCCUCCAGCGGCAUAGGCAGCUCCGUUUCAUCCUCGCCCUCGCCCUCGCCCUCGGUCGGCUCCGUAUCCACCACCAGCCAGAGCCCGGCGGGCACUGUCCUCCAGGAUAGUCAGGAAAAAGAAGAAGAGCCGGCAGCCCAGCUGACGGAAGGUGUGCCGCUCAAUGAGACCUUGCAGGGCGGCCGGGAUAUGCCCAAUUUGGAUAUAUUUGGAACAGCCACUUCCCCCAGCGGCGGGAACAGAGAGAUCCCCAGAUUCGAGAUCCUAGACUCAGAUGAGCUAGAUGACAGCACCACUCAAAACUUAUUCGAGGGCAGCGUCAGUCCGAUGCACUUGCUCCGCGAUUCCACGUCCAAUGCCCGCUGGCUGGAGGACAACAUCAAUGACUUCUCCCUCACAUCGCUGCUGGGCCACUUGGAGGAAAUAGAUGCCACCAGAGAUAUAUUGAAUCCAUCGUCGAGCAUGUCGGUGAUCAGUGAGAGCAGCGUGGACUUCCGGCACAAGUUCCAGGAGAUUGCCGCCCUUCUCCAGCAGCAGGAGAAGGAUUAACAGUGGGAGGAUAUUCUACCAGGCGUGCCUCCAUUGAAAGUUUCCCUUUUUCUUAUUUUCAUUUUUGUUUCAAUAUUUAAUUUUUUUUUCAUUUUCGAAAACUAAAGUACUUCCAGAAUAUUUCAAAAAGAAA